AGGUGAAAGUGAAAGUGUUUUCUGCUGGUAUAAAUAUCUGUAUAGUCACUGCGUGCUGAGGUAUAAACUGCUCUGUUUAGUCUCUGGACUCACAUUCUGCCUUUGACUUCGUCUUCAAGUUCAACAACAGAUAUGGGAGGAUGGUUCAGUUCACCCCCUCCACCCGAUCCACUUUUUGGUGACCCAUGGAGGACAGUAAACUGGGGAGACAAGCAGAAAGCUCUGCAGGAUGUAAAGGACUAUGAACCUCGGACUGAAGGCCGGCAGCUCAGGAUUCUUCUUCAUGGACUGGUUGGAGCUGGAAAGUCCAGUUUCAUCAACUCCGUCCAAAGUGUCUUACAGGGCAGAAUGUGCACCAAGGCUCUGGUUGCUAACACCUCUCAUUCCAGUUUCACCAAGAAGUACACGACCUACCAGUUUGAAAAGGACGGCCUGGACACCUUUUACCCUUUUGUCAUCAAUGACAUGAUGGGCAUGACAAACAGCAACUACAGAAACAGAAAAGUCCAUGUGAAAGAUCUCAAGCGGGCGUUGAAGGGACAUGUGAAGGACAGUUACACGUUCAAUCCUGAAUCUAAGUUAACGAAGGAUGAUCCAUACUACAACAAUGCCCCAAAUGUCAACGACAAAGUGCAUGUUCUGGUUUCUGUCAUCGAUGCUGACACAGUAGCUCGGAUGGAUGAUAAAGUUCUGACUGCAUUGUGGGAAAUCAGAGAGGAGGCUAGUGAUCUGGAGCUUCCACAAGUAGCCAUCUUCACCAAAAUUGAUGUGCUCUGCCCUGAGAUCAAAAAAGAUGUGAGGAAUGUCUACAAGAGCAAGGAACUGAAGAAAACGAUGGAGAAGUUCAGUAAAGAAGUUGGCAUCCCAAUGAACUGCAUCUUCGCCGUGAAGAACUACCAUGAAGAAGUCAAGCUCAACAAUGACACCGACGCUCUAAUCCUGAGCACACUGAGCUGCAUCAUCAACUCUGGAAAUGACUUCCUCCAAAUGAUAGAUGUUGAGGAAUGAUUCUUAAAUGCAUGACUGGCAGUUUAAGUGAAUAUGCACAUGUCCAUCUAAAACAUUGAUUUUGACUCUUUUAAAUUCUGCCACCUGCGAGCCUCAGAGCUUCACCGCUGAAUAGCAGGUAUUAACACAAAGCCAAUGGUUGCAUUGUGGAAGUAUGUGGACCAAAUUAAGUAGUAAUGUAUACACUGCUAUUUAGUUACUAAACUUCUUCUUUUUCACAAUUUCAUCAUUUAAGCUUCUAAGAAAUCAAUUGCUUUGAACAGGCUUUAGAUUUAAGCCCUGUAGUUCAAAUGUUAUAGCUCACUUAACAUUACUCUCCUUGCUGAAGUUAGCCAUGCUAACACUUACAGUACAACAUACAGUAGCCACUUAGCAUUUGCUUUUUAGCUUGCAAAAUUAGCUGUGAAGAUAUGUAAUAUGACUAAUACUAGAUUAACAUAGUAAUACUUAUUGGUAAUUGUACAUUUAACGCUCCUUUGCCAUCAACUGGUGUCCCACAGGGCUCUAUACUGGUCCCAAUUCUGUUUAGCAUGUACAUUAAUGAUCUUCCUUCUGUGUGGAAAAAGUGAUAUAUCUUAACUUUUACUCACAUUAAAACUACAGAAGAGGUUGCCACCAAGCUGACAGAUGUUGAAGGUCACAUCCUGACUUAACCAAUGUUCUUUGCAAUCGAAUGUGUUGAGAACAGUUUGUAUGUUUUUCUCCAAAGGCCACAGCCGAGUUGUAGAGCGAGAUGUUCUCAUCUCAGGAGAGCAACUACAAACUGUCCCAGAAAACAAAUAUUUAGGAGUACACGUAGAUUUAAACCUGAACUUCAAAACUAACAUAAAAAAGGUCAUAAUAAAGUUAUGACAUCAGUAGCUUCCCAUCAACCGAGGCGGCUAAACUGUACUUCCAAUCAGUGGUUGAGCUAUUCCUUGUUAUUGGAUAAUAACCACUGUAUUGUUUAUGUUUUUAUCACAAUGUAGUAUAUUCUUAACUAGUUCAUGUAUCGUAUCAUAGUUAUUAUUCCAGGAUGCCUAACAGCAUCAGGCAAAGGCACUACCGAUGAAAACUAGCCUUCAGCUAACUCAGGUGCAUUUACAUUUGUCUGAAUGUUGUCCUUUUUCAAAUAAAUAAAUUGAAUUAACAGCAACAGAAUUAAUGUCAAUCGUCAUUAA